UAGACAAGACUUUUUACAUCUGACUUCAAUAUACCAGAUGAAUAACUAAACGCGGUGGCAAUCUUGUAAUUAUGGUGAAAAUUAUCUAAAAUACAUAUAUAUCUGGCCAUAUUUAGCCUCAGAUAUAAAAAGUCAGGUUGAAUAAAAAAAAUAAAAUAAUAUUUUUGGAAUAGAGGUAAUGUACGUAUAUCUCUCUCUCAGCUCGCAAGACAAAAAAACACUCGCACAAAAAAAAAGAAAUCGAUACAAUACAACCCUAGCUCUCUCUCGCGAUGCAAACCCAGCGCCGUCCUCCACCGGCGACGAGAUUGAACCUCAGCGCCGUCCUUUAAUCAACUCACCACCACCGCCUUAUCUCAGCAGUCGUUCUCUCUCUCUCACUCGCGCAGUCGUCCUCUCUCUCUCACUCGCGCAGUCGUCCUCUACCCUCACGAACCCUAACUCCAAAUCGAAGGUUGUCUUUCAUUCUCCAGCCUCUACUCUCACGAAUCGAAGGUUGUCCUCCUUUCUCCGGCCUCUACUCUCACGAAUUGAAGCUUGUCUUUCUCUUUCACAUCGAUUCAGGUUUGAGAGAGUGGUUACAUUUUAUUUCUCAGAGUUAGUAAUAUCCAUUACGAUGCCAAUGUGGAUGGAUGGCGGGAUCUUGAUUGGAGUAGCAAGGCCAUACAUAUUGCUGCUAGAAACCAAACAAAGUGGUCACAUUAAGUUGCUAAGUAGUCUUUGUUUACCCUUCAGAAAUGGUAGAAAAAUAGGUUGAGAUUGUAAGGGAAGAAGGAUUGGAGAUAUCUCAACCAGCUCUUGAUCCAAAUUCGACAGAGAUACAUCAUAGAAUUACAGUUAGAGCUAGGACCAAGAAAGCGCAUAGGUGUUCAAUGAUCCC